AUGUCCUCUCUUGCAAUAUCGCUUGUCCUAGCAAGGCUAGUGCUCGGCGAUCUCACGCCUGUCGCGCCCGGUCCCGGAGAGUCAUUCACGGCUGGCUCGGAAUGUACUCUUCAAUGGGACGCAGAUACCACUGGGGCGUGGAAGAAUGUCAGCAUCGACUUGAUGUCUGGAUCGAACAACAAUAUGACCGCGGUCACAACUGUCGUAUCUUCUCUUGACGGGACCAACUCUAGCCUCUCACCUUACUCGUGGGUAUGCCCAGAAGUGGAUCCAUAUUCAGACAUAUACUUUUAUCAGUUCACCAACGGCGAGAAUCACACGGACGCUAAAUGGACCGCCCGAUUCACGAUUGCGUCUCCAUCGAAUACCAGCGUCCCGCCGGUGUACUUGCAGCAGCCUGAUGGUGACCCUGUGCCAUGGGGCAACGGCGUCCUUGUGCUUUCAGGCUCUGCAAACGUGACAUCAAAAUUUGCGACUGGCAACACAACGUCGACCGGUGCUGACUCCUCGAAUCCCACGUCAAGUCAAUCUAUUGGCUCCUCAAGCACAGCCGGU